AUGGCGGCUGCUAAGUCGACGCCAGGCUUCUCUCAAUCGUCCUACACGCAGAUGGGGCGGAAGACUCGCCCCUGGGGUGCAGCGGAGAAUCAGUGCGUCCUGUGUGGGAAGAGAGCCCCCAGGGCAGCAGGUCACCACCAUGAGCUUCGAUGUAGACAUGCCUUUUGUGAGCCGUGCUUGUUGGAAACUGAAGGCAGCACAGUUGUGUGCCCUGAAUGUGAGGUUGCUACAACUAUAAUUACAAGACAGGGAUGCUAUGCAAAAGAUGGAUGUAUUAAAGAAGAUUCUUUCAUGGAAAAACUACAGCCAAAAAUGACAAAGAAUUGUUAUCAGGAUUUGAAAAAGACUGCUGAUUUGCUAUCUGUUGGCUUACAAAAUUCAGCCUCACUACGCAAGACGGCUCUGAAUCCAUCAGCUUUAGUGGCGGAGACAAAAACUACAGAUGAAAUUGAUGAAGCAUUGAAGAUUGCAGGCUAUAAUAUUGAACAAUUGAGUAUUGCUGUAAAAAAGCUUGAACAUAUGCAGACUCAAACAAAAGAGAAGACAGACAAUAUUACAGAGAUUCUUGAGAAACAAUUUGAUCAACUUUUCACUUCCCUUGAUUCAAGGAAAAAGCACUUGUGUGAAGAACUAGUACGAACUACAGAAGAUUAUUUGUCAGAAGUAAUAAUGGCUAAAGACUACAUUGAAGAGAAAAAAAGGGAUUUAGAUGCAGCCAUGAAGAUAGCAAGAGAGUUAAAAUCGGCACCUUCUCUUAGGAACUAUUGUGACCUGAACCAGAUUAUCCGAACUUUGAAAUUAACAUAUGAGAGUGAAUUGUCAGAAAUUAGUUCCUUAAAACUUAAGAGCUCUCCCAGGUUGAAUAUGAAUUACAAUGAGAUCCUCUGCAUGUUCAACAAUAUUGGGAAGAUUGAAUUUGAGGAUUCCACAAAAUCCUAUCCCCAAGAAGAUGAAAUUGGACAGAAUAUUCAAAAGAAUUACAAUAAAAAAAAGGAGUCCUUUUCUCAUAAAACAUACCUACCACCAGACAAGAAAAAGUUUCGUAAACCUGGCCUGACCAAUGAAGCACCACAAACCUCUUUGCACCAUGACACCAGUGUGCAUUUAGAAGCAAAGAGCUGCUUGCCAAAGAAGGAAGUCACCAAAACCAUUGCCGCUCUACCACAGAUGGGGUCUAGUCCUGAUGUGAUCAUUGAAGAAAUUAUUGAAGAGAACCUGGAAAGUUCUCCAGAGCUUGUGAUGGUAAGCCAUGUAAUACACCCUUGCCACUUCUAUGUUCGGAAGUAUUCACAAAUAAAAGAUGCAACACUGUUGGAAAAGAAGGUGAAUCAAAUUUGCAACAAGAGUUCACAUCUUAAUCCUUCAGAUAUUUUGGAGCUAGGUGCAAAAAUACUUGUCAAGAGUAUUGAAAAUGGAAUGUGGUGUCGAGGAACUAUCACUGAAUUAAUUCCAAUAGAAAGUAAAAACAUUAGAAAGCCUGGUGGUCCAACCAAGUACUCCGUCUGUGAAGUUGCACUAAUACAAAUAUUUAUGGUCGAUUUUGGAAAUUCUGAAGUCUUAAUUGUUCAAGGGUUUGAUGUUAGCCGUGUGAGGCUAGAACACAUUGCUGAGCAGCACGUAGUACUUAGUAACCUGGGUGUCGUUCUAAGAAAACCUGAAUCCUGUGUUGAAGAGCUGCUGAAAGACAUCCAGCCAUUUGCACAGCUGUGCUCCUUGAAAGAUAUUGUUCCACCAAGUUCAAAUAAAAGCUGGGGAAAAGAAGCUAAAGUGGAAUUUUUGAAAAUGGUAAAUAACAAGGCGGUUUUGAUGAAAGUUUUUAGAGAAGAAGAUGGUAUUCUCAUUGUAGACCUACAAAAACCACCAACAAAUAAAAUAAGCAGUGAUAUGCCAGUGUCUCUUAGAGAUACAUUAGUUUUUAUGGAAUUAGCAAGGUUUAGAUCUCAAUCACUAAGAAGUCAUCCUGAGGAAAAUAUUACAUUACAUUAUAAUCCACCUAUUUUGCCUAAACAAAUGACAGAUGUAUCGAUAAUGGUUUGUCAUAUAAAUACUCCUACUGAUUUCUACCUUCAAUUGGUAGAGAGCCUGGAUUUUUUGUUUCUUUUAAAGACAAUGGAGGAAUUCUAUAAACAUGAAGAUGGAGAAAAUCUGCAAAUCCUCUGUCCAGUUCAAGGUCAACCCUGUGUUGCUAAAUUUGAAGAUGGCAUUUGGUACCGAGCAGAAGUUAUUGGAUUGCCUGGCCAUCAGGAAAUUGAAGUUAAAUAUGUUGACUUUGGUAAUACUGCAAAAGUAACACUUAAAGAAAUGCGAAAAAUAAAGGAUGAGUUUCUGACUCCUCCAGAGAAGGCAGUUAAAUGUAAGCUGGCCUAUAUUGAACCAUGUAAAAAGACAAUGCAGUGGUCCAAAGAAGCUAAUGAAAAAUUUGAAGAAAAAACUCAAGAUAAAUUUAUGACAUGUUCAGUCAUUGAAAUUCUGGAAGAUAAUGUGCUCGUGGUUGAGCUUUUUGAUUGUAUUGGCAUUCCUGGAAUGGCCCCUACCAGUAUUAACGCCCAACUAGUAAAAGAGGGCUUCGCAUCUUACAAAGAAGGGUAUACCACCAAAGAGAGUUCCAAAAAGCCUACAGAAGUAUGGGAUCCUUCUCCAGAAGAAAUUAUUUCAAAUGAAAUAAACAGCUUAGAUGCUGUAUCUAAUGCUGUAUCUACAAAAGCACUACCUAAUGAGAAUUUACAAUCAUUUUUUAAUAAAGAACUUCCAGUCCAUAUCUGUAAUGUAAUAUCUCCUGAGAAGAUUUAUGUUCAGUGGUUACUAACAGAAAAUUUGCUUAAUAGCUUAGAAGAAAAAAUGAUAGCUGUUUAUGAAAACUCAAAGUGGAAACCUGUUAAAUGGGAAAACGAUAUGCAUUGUGCUGUUAGGAUCCCCAAUAAAAACAGGUGGCAAAGAGGCCAGAUCCUCAGAAUGGUGACAGACACAAUGGUAGAGGUCUUGCUUUAUGAUGUGGGUAUGGAACUAGUAGUGAAUACUAACUGUUUAAGGGAACUUCAAGAGAAUCUGAAGACAAUGGGAAGAUUAUCUUUGGAGUGCUCGCUUGUUGAUAUAAGACCAACUGGUGGGAGCGACAAGUGGACAGCAACAGCUUGUGACUGUCUCUCCUUAUACCUGACGGGAGCUGUGGCGACUAUCAUCAUCCAGGAAAGCAAAACAAUGUGGCCCUUACCUGUGAAAAUUUUCUGCAGAAAUGAAAAAGGGGAGUGUGUUGAUGUUUCUACAUACCUGAUUAAAAAGGGUUUGGCUUUGAGAGAAAAGAGAUGUGACACAAUUAAUAAAUUAGAUUGUAGUAAUUCAUUCUCUGAGAAGUCUCUUGAAAUCUCCUUGGAAAAUGAAGGUUCAGUAGAUACUGAUUGUAUUAAAAUUACCUGUGGCUCUGACAGAAAAGCUCUUGAUAGCCGUGAGCACAAGGUGUCUGAAAUCAAGGAGAAAAUUCUAGAACCAAGAACCACUGGAUGCUAUAAACCACCAACUAUUCCUAACAUGCAGAUAUUUGAGGCAGUUGUCAGCUGCAUUGGUGAUGAUGGAACUAUCUUUGUGGUACCAAAAUUAUCAGAGCUUGAGCUAGUAAAAAUGAUGAAUGAAAUUCAAAAUAAUUUAAAAUGCCUUGGUCUUUUGGAACCUUACUUCUGGAAGAAAGGAGAAGCUUGUGCAGUAAGAGGAUCAGACACCAAAUGGUAUCGAGGCCAGGUCAUGGAAGUUGUUGCUGGCACCAUCAGGGUAAAAUAUUUAGAUCAUGGAUUCACUGAGAAGAUUCCACAAUGUCAUCUUUACCCUAUUUUGCUGUAUCCUGAUAAGCCUCAGUUUUGUAUUCCAUGUCAGCUCUAUAACACGACACCUGUCGGGAAUGUCUGGCAACCAGAUGCAAUAGGACUUCUUCAGGAACUACUUUCAAAGAGAGAGGUGGAAAUUCAUGUUAUGAAAUUACCCGAAAAUCCAUGGGGGAAGUUGUCUGUUCAUCUCUAUUUUGAUGGAAUGUCACUUUCUUUUUUUAUGGCAUACCAUAAACACUGUACUUUUGAACAUUCUGAGGAAAUAUUCAAACAAAAACCAACUGAUUAUAAUAAAAAGUUUGAGGAAGAGAAUUGGGAGAUAACUUUUGAGGCACUGCUGUCGUCUGAAAGGGAGACUCCGAUUUUACCACCGUAUUUGUCUUUAUCGUUGCCUCCCCCGGAGGAGCUCUAUGCUGUUCACGUGAAGCACGUUGUCUCACCUAAUGAAGUCUAUAUUUGCCUUGACUGUGUGGACACUUCUAAUCAGUUUAACCAGCAGAGAGACACAGAUGACAGUGGAGUCAGCUGGGGGUCGGAAUCUGGGAGCCUCGAUGAAGCACUCCAAAGGUUUAAUGAAAAUGUGGAGACAGCUCUUCCUCUGACAGAUUUUAGGACAGAUAUGCCUUGUCUUGCAGAAUACAGUGACGGCUUAUGGUACAGAGCAAAGAUUGUGGCCAUUAAAGAAUUUAAUCCUCUGGCUGUUUUGGUCCAGUUUGUUGAUUAUGGAUCAACGGAAAAGCUAACAACAAACAGGCUGCGUCAAAUUCCACUUCACCUUAUGCAGUAUCCAACUCGAGCCGUUAAAGUUAUCUUGGCAGGAUUUAAACCUCCUGUAAGAGAUUCAGGGAAGACAAGAAUACCGUAUUGUCCCACGUGGAGCAUGGAAGCACUGUGGGCCAUGAUAGACUGUCUUCAAGGAAAACAGCUUUAUGCUUCUUCCGUGGCUCAGGCGCCAGAACCCAUCGUGAGAUUAUAUGAAGAUGCGCAGCACCCAGUUUAUAUGUCAUUAGUAGAAAUGGGGCUCGCGGACAGAGACGAAUGA